AGGGAGUAAGGGGUUAAAAUAGUGUUAGGUAUAGAUGGGCGGGGGGCUUACCGCACAGGGAGUAAGAGCGAUUGGAGCUGCAACUCCAGCAUCUUGCCCUCUCGCCCUUGUUUUAUGGUGGACGUCUUGGAUGGCUUUAGUUUGGAUUCCAGUAAAACCAUGCCCUGUAAAGGUGAAAUGUUUCAUAUAUCUUCCCCUUUCCUGAGAUUUCCUGUGCUGACAUACACAAACAGUAACUACAUGACAGAUAUUGCAGCAAAUACAAGGGGAGGAGAAUAGAAUUUGGAAUUUCCUCCUUCCUUUCUGGGAUAAUGAUAAAUCUGGAGGUAUAAGAGAAAGCAAUCUGCACAAGCUGAGGAGAGCAAAUCAUUUUCCCUGUUGCCAGCUCAUCAAAACUGUGAACAACCUCCAACAUGCAGAGCCAGAGAAAUUCACUGUACAUGAUUGGACUUUUUCUGCUUUUAUCUCAUUGCUUUCCUGAGUCAUAUGGAGGUUCAGCAAUGAGGGAGCUGCGUUGCCAAUGUAUCACUACUGUAUCAACCCCCUUUCAUAAAAAACACAUUCGUUCCUUGGAAGUUUUUCAAAAGGGUCCUCAUUGUCCCAGGGUGGAAGUAAUUGUGACAUUACGCAAUGGAUUCCAACACUGUUUAAAUCCAGAUGCCAAGUGGUUAACCGCUGUUGUCAAAAAGAUUCUCAAAAGGAGUUCACAGAAGAAAUGAAGACCCAGAGUUCCCCUGAGUUUCUUUAUUAUUUUGUUUUGUCAAAGGUAUAAACCCCUAUUGCAGUCCCUCUUUCAUUCAGCAGUCUAUAAAUUUUCAAUAAACAAUAUCUGGUGGCAUAACCACUGUAGGGGUAGAAGGUGCAGCUACACCCUGGCCCAUUGGGGAUAUUUUGUUGCAAUCUCCUACAAGAUUAUGCAACCAUAUGAGUUUUUGCAGAGGUGUGUGUGAGGGGGGGGGGGGAGGUUUGCCCCAGGGACUGUGGAUUUAGUUACACCACUGACAGAAUCGACUUAACAACCUGGUAUUGGAAUGGGCCACAGACGAAGUCAGAACACACAGAUAUGAAGAGACAUGUAUGUAAUGAAAAAUGUUCAGAACAUUAACAGAAGAAACGCUAAAAAUUGUUCCCCUCUUUUCCUAUGGUUUUAUCACAUGAAUAUGAAUCAGCUUUAUUUUAAUGUAGCACCAGUGUUUGGGGGAAAAUACAUUUUGUAAUAUAUCUAAUAAUGGCUAUGACUUUGAUUAUUGUUAUUUUUCAUAUAUUUACUUUUAGUCAAAGAUGUUAUCUAAACCUUCCUAGCACUCCAAAAUAUAAAGUGGCAUAAAUGCGUGUUGGAAACUUGAUACCACUCGCCCAGGACUUAGGCAAUAAAAGUGAUUUGUUAGAGCAAAACUGAUUGAUUUAUUAGAGCAAAACUGAUUGAUUGAGUGUGGUAUCAAGUUUCCUGUGAUCAUUGGUGUUAUAUACUGCAACCAGG